AUUAGUGUACAUUAGCGAAGUUUAAUUUUUAAACAGGCGUACGCCACAGACAGCUUGCCGUCGAGGCGCCAGACUCAAACAGGAAGACAAAAAGCGGACAGAACAGCAAGCUGAAUAUUGUUAAACUAUAUUCAUUGUAAAUCGGCUUCUAAGGAAGUAAUCUCAUACUAAUCUGCGGUUUAUACGUGGCUGGUUUGUCAUUGUUUACUAACUAGUUUUACAAAAUUUACUAUCGUUAGGUAUACUUUUAAAAGGAUAGCAUUCAUGAAGAAGACAUCCAAGCCUGUGCAGUCCAAGUGUGCACCAGGGGAAUGUGGUGUUUGGUUAGAUACUGUGCAGCUAAAAGGGAAAGCCAAGCAGAAAAGAGAAAAAGCUGCCUCCAUUCCCAAGAUGCUCAACCCCCAGGCGAAAGGUGCAGGGUACAGCUUGGCCGUGGUGCUCAACUUCACCCAAACCAAAAUGCAAAUGCCAAAAACCAAGCAGAGUUCCAUAUCCACCUUCUUCUCACCUCAGCGACCAGUUCUCGAGAAAAUGGAGUCAUCUCCUUCGACCGAAAGCCCAGCGAGAGCAGCAUCAGGUACCAAACGCAGACAUGAUACGGACGGCGAGAUGUCUGACUCUGGUGAGAACCACCGUGCUGUUCCUCAGCCUGAAUCAGACGAUGAAGGAAGCCUCUCGCCUCAUCAGGACGCCCGCUUCCGCGUCCCACAAGAGCAGUUAGAGGAGAUAAACCUCGCAGGAGUCCCGUCACUCAGCGGGAGCCAAGAAUACUCCUUUGGGACGGACAUGAGAGGGAGAAGCUCCACUCAGAAACACGUUUCCUCUUCUCAGAUGGAUGAGGAGGAGAAAGAAAACGACAUGUUGUCGUCAUCUUACUACUCAAGACAACCCUCGUCUCAUCCCAGAUAUCUUUCCAGAGCCGUGUCUCCUCUAAAACCCAUCCAGGACCACGCCACGUGGGAAAAGCCCAACAUGGAGCAGAACAUCCACGCCAGGUACAGCUGGAUAAAAGCCAGUAGGUCCCCAUUGAAGAAAGGAGCCAGGCGGCAUGGAGGUGAUGAGGAGGAGGAGGAGGAGCUGGCCAUGUUGUUCACGCAGGACUCGGACGGCUUUCGGGUGAUCGCACACCGGGGUCUGCAAGCUCGUGGUCCGCUUAAAGAUGCGAGCAAGGCCGCAAGGAUCAAACCCAGCCGUGCCUACGAGUCUUUGUGUGAGGAGGAAGAGGAGCUUCUUUUCACGCAGGACUCUCAGGGGAACAUGCUGAUCAAACACUGACCACAGCAACGCUCGCUUAUCAGUUUCUUUGGAAAAACAAUUGUCAUAUACGUAGAAGAAAGCUUUUAAAAGGAGAUUCCACCCAAUCCCGGCCAUUUGCAUCCCCAAAAUAUAAACACACACCAUAACAUUCACUCUUAUGAUGCAUAGUGUCCUGCACAUGAACUCAUUCAAUACCAAAGAUGUAUUCAUACGUCUUUUACAUUUUUUUGCGCAAGAGGCAAAAAGAGGUGAUGAUGCAAUUGCACAAUAAAAUAUGUCACUUUUAAAGCAGGUUAAGCCAUUAAAAAGGGGGCAGAAGUGAUUUUGGUAAGAGCUCGGCAUGGAUCAUUUGCAUGUAAAAACACUCGACAGCAAGGAGGAAGUGGAAAAGCGUGGAGGAGUGUAGCGUGCAGAAGGUUACGCAUUGUAGGGAAAUCUGCAUUGUAGGCACACACUUGUGCACACACAACUUAGUUCCAUCCAUCUUCUAUGCCACUUAUCCUCACUAGGGUCGCUGGUAUGCUGGAGCCUAUCCCAAGUGACUUCACGUGAGAUCUAGGGUACACCCUGGACUGGUGGCCAGCCAAUCGCAGGGCACAUAUAGACAAACAAUCAUUCACACUCACAUUCAUACCUAUGGACAAUUUAGAGUCGCCAAUGAACCUAACAUGCAUGUUUUUGGAAUGUGGGAGGAAACCGGAGAAAACCCCCCCACACACGGGGAGAACAUUUGUGUUAUAUUUGUAAAUAAAUUGUAAUUUUGAUGUAAAGCAACCCUUUUUGUGUUGUUCAUGUGGGAGUAGUUGUUUAGAUAUUUGAGCUGUCACAAAAGCAAAACAUAUUUGUGUCAAACUUAAUGUUUUUCCACAAAAAGAUGUUUUUCUCCCUUUUCUAGUCGGGAACUGAUAUUUUCCUGAAACUUACCUAUGUUCUCCUGCUGAUCGGAAAAAGGGAGAAACAAACUUUUUUUUUCUGAUGAAAGACGAGAGGCUAAUCUUUGUUUUGGUAGGUUCCAUGUUUAUAUAGCAAUAGAACACAAUAUCCUGUGUGUCUUGGAAAAUCAGUCAAAAUGACCGCUACUGAAGGGGUUGUCUUUUGAAAAAUGUCUGGGACUGCAUAUUUCAUCAACAUGAU